AUGACUCGCUACUGCAGAGGUAUACCGGGUGAUAGGAAGAGUGUGCAGUGUCUACUUUGUGGUCAAGGUUCUCGCGUUUUGAAAGACUAUUGGGCAACGCAACAUUUUCGAGCUUGCCACAAAGAAUAUUACUUCGGUAUGUUUCAAAGCGGAAUGGUGGGGCACUUCAAGGCAAUUCCAUGGGGAAAACAACUUAAGAAGCUUCCUCCUUCAGCAAGUACAGAGUUUUCAGCAGUGAAGUGGAUAACAGUAGAGGAUAUAACAUUAGACGUUCCUAUCCAGCCAGACUCAGAUUUCGCACACCCGGAUAUCUCGCAAGAGUAUUACUUGGAUAGUGGCCCCGUCAUGAUCCAACGAUUUGUUGUGGUCCGUGAGGAUAACAAAUAUUGUUUAUGUCUGGGCAUUCAUACAUAUGCGAAACAGGGGUGUGGUAACCAGUCAGACCAAGAGCUUCAUGGUGUCCUCAGCUCUGGAAAGACUCCUCCACCGCUUGCACCCAAUGAGACGAAAGUUAUCUUGUCUCCAGUGCGGAUGAAGCCCGAUCAUCCCUCCUUAGCUCUAUCCAACACCGCUCGCAUACACUACGGUCGAGCGUACGAAAUUAGCCACGAAAUUCCUGUCCAGCCUCUUGGCUUGGUCCAUCCGGCUUCGAUGGAGGUGCUACUAAACCAGUUUGAGGCUCACGUUACAAGAGUACAACCAGGGGAAGAUUUGGGAGACGAAUGGGAAGAAGAGAUGCCAGAGGACAUAGACCCACAACAAAAAGUUGAGGAUGGGACAUCCGACAUAAAAGCAGCUUAUACACGUAUGAAUAUUGUAAAGGAUAUGCGGAGGAGCAUGAAAAAGGUUCUCGGGCCGAAAUUGCCACUGCCAAGUAAAAUGUACCAUGUGAGGGAUGCAUGCGAUGAAGGAAAUAUGUGGCAGUAA